CCUUACACUGCAUUCUCUAGUAAAGUCUAUCAACAUCUAGGGAAUUGUUAUUCAUAACUUAGACUGGAAUUUACAAGCAAAGACAAAGUUCAAGACAAUUCAAGACACAUCCACUCAUUUCUCUAAUAGAAGACUGAUGAACUUUAGCUGUACACCACCAAACAGUUCAUCUUCUAUUCAAUUUGACGAUUUAGUUACACCACCAUUAACAACACCAAAUAGCUAUAAAUAUCAGUCACCACCUUCUGCAAGCACAAUUGACACACCAAACUCUUUCAUGAAUUUCUCUUUCCAACAACAGCAAGAAUACGAUACUAAAAAGCGAUCAUUUCAACAACAUCACGAUUUGCUUGGUCAUUCCAACUCAAAAUCAUGCGAUUUACCUACAAUUACGCUACCUAAUAGCUUAGGUCCCCCUUUUAUUCCACCAGAUGUUCAAACGUUGCAACCACGACCUGACAUGAAAAGAAGACGUACCGAGCCGAACGUACAUCAAAUGCAGAUACCUGCCGGUGGUCCAGGUGGUUUAGCCGCUUUAGGCCUUGACGUCAAAGGCGCAACUUCAGGUGUUACACCAUCAGGUAUGAUGGUUCUCCCGGAGGCAAGAAAUGAUGAAGUCUGGCCACCGGAAGUCGACGAAGCUUUCUAUGAGGCUCUCGUUACAGUCCCUCGUCUUGGCAGACGUAAGGUGAUGGUUCAUGGCAAGCCGUGUGGCAGGAACGAACUAAUUGCAAACUUCAUUCGCAUGCGUACAGGUGCGCAACGAACCAGGAAGCAGGUAUCUUCUCAUAUCCAAGUACUCAAGAAUGUUCGUAGGAACGACCAUCGCUUUAUGUGGCUCGUAUCAGAACCAACGGCUGAAGAGGAAGCAUCACUUCAGCCAAUGUUACUCCAUUAUCAACAAAAAAUGGAUGAAGGUCCAUUGAAUGGUCUUGAACCUACGACUAAGAACUCGCAGGAGCCAUACCUAUGCAACCCGAUCGCACCAGGUCAACAGCCAAUACCCGCGCCAACACCAUCAGUGAAACAAAAGCGACAAUCGCUUGAUGGAAGAAGAUCAGCUACCCCUAAGUCUGAGAGAUUCAGUGAAUCCGUAGCCACACCUUCAAGACCGAUGAGCUCUGCAGGUGAGAAGCGUACUUCUACCCCAAUCAACGCUCGAGCAAUCGGAAAUGCGUUGGCUCACUCACCUAUGUCCCCGAUGUCGAAAUUACCACCUGGUGUCGAAGUUGACAUUAAGCAAUUAGGAAUUUGGGCGAAAGGCAACCAGCAGCAACACACUUUGGCAGAUAUUAAUCAGCAAAAGCAUGAUUACUUAGAUUCUCCAAAUCAAACUUUGUAUAUGGAGGAUUUGCCGCUGGGUGAAGCAAGAUAUCCAGGUCUAGGACAAAUGUAUGAUGAAUUACAGUGCCAAUUCUUACAUGCAAGGAUCAGAUUAGCAAUACCUGCUGCUGAAGUUUACUUACCAACAGCAUUUGAUACCAUUUCAACACACAUGUCGUUGGCGACGAACCAAGACGUACCACUUGAAGUUGUUACUAACUUUUAUUCAUUUGGAGCUCGUGUAUUCGGCUAUGUCGAAGGAUUGAGCAAACCAGCUUCAACCACCCAAGUCAACAACAAUGAGGAAUUUAACUAUGAUCUACCAUACGGUGGAGAGUUCUUCUCCGGUUUCUUGGGUGGUCAAGUCUCAGAUCAAGGUGGAGCACGCCCAACUAAGGUUUUCACAAAGUCAUACGAAGAGAGACAAGCCUUUGCAAGUCCAUUAAACGCCUUAUCGAUGGUGCAUGAGUUUGUUAUACCAAGUUCAUCUGAGCACCUUGAUGAUGUUUCACCUUUCCCAACUACAAAAUCAUGCAGAGGAGCUGAAAUUGGUCAAGUGGUUCUCGUAGUUGUCUAUGACUUUGAAAUAUCAUCAGAACAUUCUCCUAAUGGCUCAAUCAAGCUAUCAAAGCUUCACAAAAGAAAUCCACCCUCAUCACAAUUUAUGUUUAAUCCAAAUCACAAUUUCAACACACCGGCAUUAUCCUUCCCAUCUACCUCUGCACCAAAUACCACACCAGGAAUGCCAAUGACACCUGGUGGAUACUCCGCUAAAAACAGAUAUGGCUUGUCGAUAGGUAUACCACAGAUGUCGCAAAUUACAGCAUCUGCAAUUUCACCAUCAACUGCAGCCAGCACACAAGCGCAGACUGGAACAGCCAGUGAAUUUGAUACUGCACAAUUUACAUUCCAACAAGUUCCACAAUCUGCCCCAGCGCACCAAAGCAACUAUGGCAAUCUUGGUUUACCACAACCAGGCAAUGGAGGCUCUGCAUGGCCAUUCCAUCACAAAGAUGAAGAUGAAGAUGAUAAAGCUUUCUUCACGCAUUUCCAUGAUAAUAACGAAACUGACGAACAUGGUGAAGCAGAUGAAAAAUCACAACAUCCUUGGAAUUCUGCAUUCACAAUGGAUCCAAUACAGGCGCUUAAUGAUGUAGAAAAUAGUCUUAAUGACGUCGUACCACAUUCAGCUCCACCACUUUCAACAUCCUUCAACAAAACAUUGGACAAUGAAGCCGCGUCUCCUUCAACAUUGUUAGCAAAUUUUAUCGAAUUUGAAGAUCAAAACCAAGCACCAACAACUAGCACAACGAAUACGCAUCAGAACAAUUGAACUAUUUGAACUUUUUCUAAGUUAAUGCAUCGUUCACUCACUAAAGAAAUCAACGAUUAUUUUAAAUUAUCAAAGAAUUAGCAAUGUACAUAGCAAAAAAGCCCUUUCAGUGAAUUUUUUAAACAAAACAUGGUAAACCUAUCACCCUUGAGUCUCUCUUUAAUUAUUUUCGUUUUUUUCUCUUUACUCUAUACUUUUCUUCCCUAAUUAAAGCUCUUAUUGGAUG